AAGCUGCAGUCCGAGCGGGCGUGUCAGACUCUGUGCUUUGGUCGGAGACGACCGUAGCUCUGGGAAAAUGGAGAGUUAGGUUUCAGGGUCUGGAGAUGGAUGGAGACCGAUACCGGCGGCAGGGGAAGGGCCGAGACGGGAGUAAACGCGGGUAAUCAAGGAUCCAGGGAAGGGCGUCAUUUGAGAGUCAAGGAAGGAAGGGGCAUUUGGAACGCGACGACACGUUGAAGCCUCUGACGUCCUCAUCAUCUCUCAUCUCUUCUCAUCUACUCUCAUCUCCGCUCCUCUUCACUUGGGCUCUCAACUCGCCCCAUCUCACAUCUCCAUCUCCAUCGCCAUCUCCAUCGCUCUCCUCUUCUCUCCACACUCCACACUCCCAUCCACCAUCUACCAUCAACCACCCACACCAUGUCUCCUCCCUCCGCCUUCAAAAUCGCCCCGGGCAUCAACUCGUACGACUGGGGUAAGCGCGGCUCCUCGUCGCUCGCCGCCCAGUUCGCCCUCGAGUCUGUCCCAGACUUCCAAAUCCAACAGGACAAGCCAUACGCCGAGCUCUGGAUGGGCACGCACCCGUCGAAUCCUUCUCGCACUGGCACCGGUUUGUUGAGCGAACACCUGGCAGCGCACCCCGAGCUCAUUGGUAACAAUGUCGCGCAGAAGUUCCCAGACACAAGAGAGGGAGCCCUGCCGUUCCUCUUCAAGGUGCUUUCCAUCGGCACCGCUCUUAGCAUUCAGGCGCACCCAGACAAGAAGCUCGCGAGCCAGCUCUACAAACAGAAGCCUGAUAUCUACAAGGACCCCAACCACAAGCCCGAGAUGGCAAUCGCGCUCUCGCCGUUCCGCGCCUUCCUCAACUUUGUCCCACCUCCAGUGCUGUUGCAGCACCUGGUCAACGUUCCAGAGUUGAGAGAUGUCGUGCCUCAGGACGCCAUUGACAAGCUGGCCAAGUCGCUCAACCUCUCGACAUCGGGCGAUGCUGUCGCCAAGGCAGCGCAGGGGCCAUUCGAGGACCCCAACGACGCCCAGAAGGAUGCGAUCAGAACUGUCUUCUCCGCCGUCAUGCACGCCAAGAAGGAGCAGUACGAGGGCGCUAUUGAGAAGCUCGUCAACCGCUACAAGUCGGGCAAAGUGGCAGAGUCUGAGGAGCCCCUACGCGAGCUCGUCCUCACCCUCAACGAGCAGUACCCUGCCGACGUUGGGACGCUGUGUGUGUUCCUGCUUAACGUGAUCGAUCUGGAGACGGGGCAAGCUGUCUUCCUGGGCGCCAACGUGCCGCAUGCAUACAUUCACGGAGACAUUAUCGAGUGCAUGGCGACAUCUGACAAUGUCGUGCGCGCGGGCCUCACUCCCAAGCUGCGGGACGUGCCGACGCUCGUCGACAUGCUCACGUACGAGGCUGGGCCAGCAGAGAAGCAGAAGCUGCAGCCGACUGAGUUCAACCGUGACCCCGCGACGCUCAUCUACGACCCCCCGAUCGAGGAGUUCUCGGUCCUGCGGGUGCACCUCGCCAAGGACGAGCUGACUACGCACCGUCCCAUCGACGGGCCGAGCAUCGCCAUCAUCACGAACGGCGAGGCGCUCGUCAAGUGGGAGGGCUCGGGCUCGAUCCCUGUGGCCCGCGGCGACGUCAUCUUCAUGGGCGCCGGCGUCGAGUUCAAGUGGCAGGCGAAGCAGGACACUGAGGCGUUCCGCGCGUUUGUCGAGGCGUGAAUGUAUAAUAGAUUAUGGAAGGGAUGUUAAGGAUAUUGCUUCGCUAGGG